AUGGAUCUGGAUAAACCAUCUGUCUGGGGCUCAUUGAAACAGCGGACCAGGCCAUUGUUCAUCAACUUGAGCAAGAAGAAGUUGAAAAAGAGCCCAAGUAAGCCCGUGGACUUAAGGGCAAGGCGUCACCUGGACCGCCGCCUCAGUCUCUCUGUGCCUGACCUCCUGGAGGCUGACGCCUUGGCCCCCGGGGGUGGGCCGUACUCUGGGCCCCAGUCAUCCUAUACAUCGGUGCCCAGCAGCCUGUCCACUGCAGGCAUCUUUCCCAAGAGUAGCAGUAGCUCCUUGAAGCAGUCUGAAGAGGAAUUGGAUUGGAGCCAGGAAGAAGCAAGCCACCUCCAUGUGGCGGAAACAGACUCGGAGGAGCUGUACGCCUCUCCAGCUGAGGAGAGACAGGUGUCCAGCAACAGCAUCUUCGAUCUUCAGAAAACUCCCUUUGGAGGGGAAGCUCCAGAAGAGCCAGAGAAGCUAUGUGGAGGUGGUGAUCUGAAUUCUUCUAUGACAUCUCAACAGUUCGAAGAACAUUCUACUCUUGGAGAAGCGGGUGAUGGCUUGAGUAACCUCCCUAGCCCUUUCGCAUACCUGCUCACCAUACACCUGAAGGAAGGUCGGAAUCUGGUGGUCCGAGAUCGCUGUGGCACAAGUGAUCCCUAUGUGAAAUUUAAGCUAAAUGGGAAGACGCUGUAUAAAAGUAAAGUCAUAUAUAAGAACUUGAACCCUGUUUGGGAUGAGAUAGUUGUAUUGCCCAUACAGAGCAUUGAUCAAAAGCUGCGUGUCAAGGUAUAUGAUCGAGAUUUAACCACGUCUGAUUUCAUGGGUUCUGCAUUUGUCAUUCUCAGUGAUCUUGAGCUUAACAGAACGACUGAACAUAUUUUAAAAUUGGAAGAUCCAAACAGUUUAGAAGAUGACAUGGGAGUGAUUGUGUUAAAUUUGAACCUAGUGGUAAAACAGGGUGAUUUCAAGAGACAUCGCUGGUCAAAUCGGAAGCGGUUAAGUGCCAACAAGUCCUCUUUGAUACGCAACCUACGGCUCUCAGAGUCCUUGAAAAAGAACCAACUGUGGAAUGGGAUUAUAAGUAUAACUUUGUUGGAAGGGAAGAAUGUCUCAGGAGGAAGUAUGACAGAGAUGUUUGUCCUGUUAAAACUGGGAGAUCAGAGGUAUAAAAGUAAGACACUGUGUAAGAGUGCAAAUCCGCAGUGGCAGGAACAGUUUGACUUUCACUACUUCUCUGACAGGAUGGGCAUUUUGGACAUUGAAGUGUGGGGAAAGGACAGCAAAAAGCACGAAGAACGUCUGGGCACGUGUAAAGUGGACAUUGCGGCACUCCCUCUGAAGCAAGCCAACUGCUUGGAGCUGCCACUGGAGAGCUGUCUGGGGGCUCUGCUUUUGUUGAUCACACUCACGCCCUGUGCCGGAGUCUCUGUCUCUGAUCUGUGCGUCUGCCCUUUAGCAGACCCCAGCGAAAGAAAGCAGAUUUUUCAGCGAUAUUGCUUACAGAACUCUCUGAAGGAUAUGAAGGACGUCGGCUUUUUACAAGUGAAGGUUUUAAAGGCAGUAGAUCUCUUAGCUGCAGAUUUCUCAGGGAAGAGUGAUCCCUUUUGCUUGUUGGAGUUAGGCAAUGACCGACUUCAGACCCACACCAUUUACAAAAACCUCAACCCUGAGUGGAACAAGGUUUUUACAUUUCCCAUUAAAGAUAUCCAUGAUGUUUUGGAAGUGACAGUGUUUGAUGAAGAUGGAGAUAAACCCCCUGAUUUUCUUGGAAAAGUUGCCAUUCCCUUGCUGUCCAUUAGAGAUGGACAGCCAAAUUGUUACGUAUUGAAGAAUAAAGAUUUAGAACAAGCUUUUAAAGGAGUUAUUUACUUAGAGAUGGACCUCAUAUAUAAUCCGGUCAAGGCAAGUAUUAGGACCUUUACUCCCAGAGAAAAGCGCUUUGUUGAAGACAGCCGCAAGCUGUCCAAAAAGAUCUUAUCAAGAGAUGUAGAGCGCGUGAAAAGAAUCACUAUGGCAAUCUGGAAUACAAUACAGUUCCUUAAAAGCUGCUUCCAGUGGGAAUCCACAUGGAGAAGUACAGUAGCAUUCGUGGUAUUUUUGGUCACAGUCUGGAAUUUUGAACUGUACAUGAUCCCCCUGGCAUUAUUGCUGCUCUUUGUCUACAAUUUCAUCAGACCCAUGAAAGGCAAAGUCAGCAGUCUGCAGGACACACAGGACAGCAUAGACAUGGAUGACGAGGAGGACGAAGAUGACAAGGAAUCUGAGAAAAAGGGGUUCAUUGAGAGAAUCUAUAUGGUACAGGAUAUUGUUUCAACUGUUCAAAACAUCUUGGAGGAAAUAGCUUCUUUUGGAGAAAGAAUUAAAAACACAUUUAACUGGACGGUCCCAUUCCUUUCGCUGCUGGCCUGUUUGAUUCUGGCAGCCACCACAGUCAUUUUGUAUUUCAUUCCACUACGGUACAUCAUUUUAAUCUGGGGCAUAAAUAAAUUUACUAAGAAACUUCGAAAUCCCUAUGCCAUCGACAAUAAUGAGCUUCUAGACUUCCUCUCCAGGGUACCGUCUGAUGUUCAAAAGGUGCAGUACACGGAAUUGAAACUCUGCAGCAGCCAUAGCCCCCUGCGGAAAAAGCGCAGCGCUCUCUAG